CAACUGCCUCGACAAAUGUUGUCUAUAAAACUCCCGUUCUUGGCGAUCCUCUUCGCUUUGGAGGAGAACCUUAGCCCUCGAAGGCCUCGAGCCCUCCCCUACCUUGUUCUACCUCCUCCCAUGGAGGUAGAACAAGUUCUAUCUAUCACCUCCAACCCCAAGGUAGACAGUAUCACCAAUGGCGACAAUGUGAUCAUCAUCCCUAGUGUGAGCACGGAGGAGAAGGAGCACAUCAAUGGAGCUGCAGAGACAAAUCAUGUUGUGAUGAUCACCGCUGCUUCCAUGGACAGAACCGACGGCGACGACAGGACGAUGAAGGAGGAGGAGACGGACGGCAUCGCCAUCGCCAGGAGCGCCUCCUCCAACGGAAGCCGGCAGCAAGACAAGAAGCGGGGCGCGUUCGGCCUCUUCCGGGCGAUGUUCAUGUCCUUCAACGGCAGCGCCAGCAUCAAGAAGAGGGCCGCCGCCGCCGCCGCCACCAUGGGCUAUCAGAAGAAGGCCGAGGCGGCCGGCGGCGGCGCGGCGGCUGACGUGGAGAGGUCGUCCAGCGACGUCGCGUCGUGGAAGAACCUCGUCGACGGCAUGCGCCCGCUCCGCCUCCACGGCCACCUGGAGUACUACCCGCCGCCGUCGCCGGACAGGAGCGAUGGCACGAGCAUGACCAGCAGCUACUCGUCCGCCCAGGACCUGCAGGAGCUUGUCAAUGGCCAUGGAAAAGAAGACGAGGAAGAAGAAAAGAAUUCUCUGGAGACGGAGGACGGUGGAUGCAGCCCGAAUCCGAUCGACAUGCAGGCCGAGGAGUUCAUCGCGAAAUUCUACGAGCAAUUUAGGCUGCAAAAGUCGGACUCAUUCAACAACCGAGCCUAUUGAUCGAUCUCAGUGUUUUGAUCUUGAAAUUAGCAUUCUUCUUCUCUUCCGAUGUACAUGGCGGAUGGGGAGCAAGAAAAAUCCAUUGAAAUGAAGUCAUGAAGAAAAGUAUAUACCUCAAUGUCGCGUCCAUAAUCACAUUCGCUGUUUCUUCUCCAUGUAAUCUCCGUCCUUCAAAGAAUUAAUGGUAUUCGCUAGAUUUCAGAUUCUUGAAAAGUA